UAGCUUCGAGCUAACCAGCUAUGCCUACAAGGAAAAGCAGCAACACUUUGUAAUUUUCUUUUUUUUCAGCGGAAAAAUGGUGAAACAGACGAUACAUAUAUUUGGUCGCAUUAAACCCACUAAGAAAACUACGUCGGUGUACUCUGUGGACAAUGAAGAUCAGACAGGUGCUUCAUUGGAGUUUGUGGUGCCCAGGGAUUUGGCUGAUGGUUUUGUUAACAACAAGAGGGAGUGCUACAAGUUCAGGUUCCUAAAGGUGUUUGAUCAAUCUGCCAGACAAGAAGAGAUAUUUGAAAACAUAGCCAAACCAGUUGCAGACAGUGUGUUGGCUGGCUAUAAUGGCACCAUAUUCGCCUAUGGCCAGACAGGCAGCGGAAAGACCUUCACCAUCACAGGAGGGGCCGAGCGCUACAGUGAUCGUGGCAUCAUUCCCCGCACGCUUUCCUACCUGUACGAACGCUUCUCCCAGGACAGCAGUAUGGUUUACACCACACACAUCUCCUACUUGGAGAUAUACAACGAGAUGGGAUACGACCUUCUGGACUCCCGCCAUGAAGCAUCUCGACUGGAGGAUCUACCAAGAGUAAUGAUCAUGGAAGAUCCAGACCAGAACAUCCAUCUCAGGAACCUGUCCAUGCAACAGUCAGCAAACGAGGAGGAGGCUCUGAAUCUGCUCUUCCUGGGUGACACCAAUCGUAUGAUUGCAGAGACUCCGAUGAACCAGGCAUCCACACGUUCCCACUGCAUUUUCACUGUGUACUUGUGCAGGCGUGAGCCGGGCUCAGCCACUGUGCGGCGCUCCAAGCUCCACCUGGUGGACUUGGCCGGAUCAGAUCGAGUUAGCAAGACUGGCCUGAAUGGGCAGCUGCUUACUGAGGCCAAGUACAUCAACCUCUCCCUCCACUACUUGGAGCAGGUGAUCAUAGCUUUGUCAGAGAAGAACCGCUCCCAUAUUCCCUACAGGAACUCCAUGUUGACGUCUGUGCUGAGGGACAGCCUUGGGGGCAACUGCAUGACGACCAUGAUUGCCACUAUGGCAGUGGACAAGAGGAACCUUGAUGAGUCCAUCUCUACAUGUCGCUUCGCUCAGCGCGUGGCUCUCAUCAAGAACGAGGCAAUAUUGAAUGAAGAACUGGAUCCUGCCCUGCUAAUUACCCGUUUGAAGAGAGAGAUCCAGUCUCUGAAGGAAGAGCUGGCCAUGGUGACAGGAGAACAGAGAGAUGACCAGCUUACUGCCGAGGAGAUCCAGAAAUUGGAAGAGUUAGUUAAGGCCUUUCUGGGCGACCCUGAUCCAGACGUGACACUGUCAUUGGGACCAGACAUGAGAAAAAUCCAGUACUGUUUCUUUCUGCUGAAGAUAAUGAUCAUGGACAAGCAAGGUGGAGAAAAUAGGCAGAGUGAUGGGCGGGCGUCAUCAGCAGCAACAGUGAGGGAAGCUGUAAUUCAAGACUGCCACCACUGUGCAGCAGAAGUGACCAGAUUAAAGGAGAUGAUGACGCAACGUGAUAAUGAGAUCAGUGUCCUUGUUAGGAUGUUGAAGAAGGAGAAGAAAAGGGCCCAGGAUGCUGCUGCUCAGCUGGCUGACAUCAGCAACGGUCAUAGCCUGGCCUCCCGGAGUGCCUCGAGGUUGUCAACAACGCCAUCACUAAGGGAAGGAAACACUGACACCAUCUCAGCCGAUCAUGAGGGACGAGCUAUACAGUACAUGAAAAGAGGUCCACAGCUGUCUAUGGGAAAGCAAGAGGCCUUUGAGAUCUUCGUAAGAGACCAUGAGGACCAUGUGACCAUUAAAGACAACAAGGAGCUACUCAAACAGAGGUCAGCUGAGGCCAAAGGAAUUGGAAAGAAACUCAAUGAGGCUAGAAGCAGAAUAAAUGAGUUGAAGAAGCAGUUGGAGGUGCAGAGGAGGCAGAGAGCAGCUCAUGGUGUAAUGGGGAAUCACCCAGGAGUUGAGGAGGAGGUCGACCCAGUGGAAAAAAACCUGUGCAAACAUAUUAAGCAAGAAAAACAGGCGUACAACAGCGCCAUUGGCCAUCUAAAAGAGUUGAGGACAGAGAUUGAGCACCUGCAGCUGUUGUUGGAGAGGGCAAAGGUCAAGCUCCAGAGGGAUUUCCAGAAGUGGUGGAGCCAGGAGGCUUCCAGCAUGCAGGAGUCAGAGGCCACAGGCAGAUGUCACACACGGUCGCCAAAUGAAACCUUGCAGCCGUCUUCACCCAGCACUCCAGGAUUUUGCGCACCAGGUCUGAGCAGCGCUGUGAGAAACUCCCCAGCAGACCCAGACCCAAAUCCAGACUGUUCCACUGCUCUUGUUCAAGAGCUCAGGAGCUUCAUCCCCAAAAGCGUACCUCCCAUGACAGCUGUCCCAGCACGCCAUGAUAAGUCCCUGGAUGGGAGGGUGACUGACUUCACUCCUUCAUCUGAGUGGAGGGCCCUUUCCAACACCAACCUCUCAUCCUCGUCAAUACCCCUGACUGGAGACCAGCAGACUGAUGCGGACAUCCUGGCCUUUAUCAGAGCCAGGCAAAAACUCCUCAACAGAGCAGACCAGCCUCAAUAAUAACAUGAAGUUCUGAUGAAGGCCUGAAGUUAUCGUCAUCUGACUGCUUGUGUGACUGCCACAUCUGUCCUGAAAACGUAAAUUAGACAUGAAUGACAAUGUGUGGAGAAAUCUCAACUGAGUCCAAAACAUUUCUCAUAAAAAGAUCCCCCUGCCAAACACACAUCCUGUCUGAUUUUUACACACACUUGCUGGCCUCCCGGAAAGCACGCCAGUCAUAUAAUGGGCAGCAGUAUAAAUCACAGCCUGUGCCGGCCAUUUGAUCUGAACAAAUGUUGUCUCAAGAUAUCAGAGGAAGGAGCGGACAACAGGAAACCCGUCGGCUCCAGUAAUGUGUUUAAAGAAGAAAUGAAUCAUGACUAUUUUAAAUGGUCACAGGAAGUUUCCACAUGCGUACAUUUCAUAUUUGUGUCUGGUUUCAUUUUAUAUGUACUUUGAACAACAGUGUAACACAUGUUGGGUAAAAUGUAAAUAGAGGUAUGUAGUAUAUUUGCAAUAGUUUUCCUGAUUGUUUCUGAUAUUCUGUAAAAAAGGAUCUGCACAAAUAUCAAUUGAAAAAUAAAUUUACACAAAAUGCCAUGGA